GCUGGAACGAGAAAAAGUAAGAAGCUUAAUUAGAAGGAGGCGAGGUACAGCAAUAAAAAUUGCAGUAAGUUCUUUUCUUGUAGUAAAGAUAAGUAGAUGUAAGCUGAGUAUCCUUGUUAGUCUUAGUCAUGCGCACGGUCGACCUGACGGUGGAAUACGGUUAUCCAGGAGGAAAGGAAAAUUUAAUACGCAAUGCAAGUAAUAGAGUAAAGCAGUUUGUUGGGGGCUCAAGAGAAAAAGCUGAUAUUCACGUUUGCAGUUCUUUCAUGCGGAGCUCUUACUUUUCAAUUACGUCAGCUCCCAGAAGCAGAUGAUCUGGAUAUGAUUUGUAAACAAAUUUGAAAAGUAAGAGCUGAGAAAAAUGUAAAUAGAAUAUCAAUAUAUUAUUAAACCAACAACAAACUGGCGAAGAAAUCUAUUACUUUUUUUGGAAACUGCAUACUGCAAGAUAGAAAGCAAGGGCUGUGGACGGGGAAAGGUAUAUUCUGCGUAGGUCCGCUCUGCGGUCUACGCACAACUCGACGAAGAUCCGGAACU